AUGAUGGACCUUUUUGAGACCAACGCUUAUCUUUUCAACGAUUUGCGCUAUUUGGAGGAAGGGGAUCAUGGAGCUCUGCAGCACUUGGACAUGUCGGGGAUGUCCCCUCUUUAUAACGGCCAUGGCAGCCCGCUGUCGCCGGGUCAGGAGGAGAACAACGCUCCGUCCGAGACCGGAGAGGAGAGCAGCGGGGAGGAGCACGUCCUGGCACCGCCGGCGCUGCGGGCGCACUGCGAGGGCCAGUGCCUCAUGUGGGCUUGCAAGAUCUGCAAGAGGAAGUCAGCACCCACGGACCGGCGCAAGGCGGCCACGCUGCGCGAGAGGCGACGGCUGAAGAAGAUCAACGAGGCGUUCGACGCUCUGAAGAGGAAGACGGUGGCGAACCCGAACCAGAGGCUGCCCAAAGUGGAGAUUUUACGCAGCGCCAUCAGCUACAUUGAGAGACUACAGGAGCUGCUGCAGACCCUGGACGAGCAGGACAAGACCCCCAACGGAUCCUCCCACAGCCACCGUGGGAACGACCGCACUGGGGCCAAUCACGAACGCCAUUGGGAAAAGUCUUCAGAGACUUGGUCAAGCCAAGCUGAGCAUUCCGCCACAGUGGUGAUCAACCAGAGAGAAGGCAGCGGCGAGUCGUCGGGGUCCUCCAGCCUCCUCCGUCUGUCCUCCAUCGUGGACAGCAUCUCCAACGACGAGAAGGUUUCCCUCAACGAAGACAUCUCUGCAAACUAACGAUGAAAUAGCCAUGUUUCUCAUUUC